AUUUAUUUAAUUUAUUUAUUUAUAUUUAAAAGCCGCUCUCUCCUUCCUCCGAUGUUGUUAACGUCCCCGACGGAAGAGUAAGCUUAGGGGAGCCGGGCGCAGCCAGCAGCGGGGCCCUCUGCUGGAGACGGCAGCGCCUGCCCAUCGGAAGGCUAGGUGUGCGUGAGCUGCGCCCAGGGGUGCCCUGCGCCCUGGCGCCCUGCGGGCUCUAACAGCUGGGGUCGCGCGGGGGAACUGGGCCCAGGGCUCUGGUGGAGCGGCUGAUGUCGCGGACUGAAAGCUGAGGCCGCGCUGGUGAGACUGGGACAAGCCCUUGCACCUCCAGAGCUGGGCCAGGGCGACGAGGGGAGCCGCCAAGAUGCCAGAGGAAAAUAUCUUCCUGUUCGUGCCUAACCUUAUCGGUUACGCCCGGAUCGUCUUCGCCAUCAUUUCCUUCUACUUCAUGCCCUGCUGUCCCUUCACGGCCUCCUCCUUCUAUCUACUCAGUGGACUUCUAGACGCCUUUGAUGGACACGCGGCUCGAGCCCUUAAUCAAGGCACCCGGUUUGGGGCCAUGCUCGAUAUGCUGACAGACCGCUGUUCCACCAUGUGUCUCUUGGUCAACCUGGCCCUGCUGUAUCCUCGAGCCACUCUGCUCUUCCAGCUCAGCAUGAGCCUGGACGUGGCCAGUCACUGGCUGCAUCUGCACAGUUCCGUGGUCAGGGGCAGUGAGAGCCACAAGAUGAUCGACCUCUCUGGGAACCCCGUGCUUCGGAUCUACUAUACUUCUAGGCCUGCCCUGUUCACCCUGUGUGCUGGAAAUGAACUCUUCUACUGCCUCCUGUACCUGUUCAAUUUCUCCGAGGGACCACUAGUGGGCUCUGUGGGACUCUUCCGAAUGGGCCUCUGGAUCACGGCUCCCAUCGCCCUGCUCAAGUCCGUCAUUAGUGUCAUCCACCUCAUCACAGCGGCGCGAAACAUGGCCGCUCUGGAUGCGGCAGACCGUGCCAAGAAGAAAUGAUCCUCGCCCGCCCCCAGCCGCCCACCUGCCCUGGGCAUCUACUGCGCCACAUGGCUCCUCUCCUCCUCCUCAGAGGUCCUUGUGUCAUGUCUUAUGUGUUCUCUAACCUGCUGGGAUGGGGGUCAACCUCUGUGUGGUGUUGUCAGUGUCUUUUUAAUCCUGAGGACCAGACCCAUGCCUGUGACCCCAAGGACCUGGCACGGCAAAGCAGGAAGAAUGCUCAGGAGCCCCCCCAUCCAGCUGGUGCUCAGGAGCCCCCCCAUCCAGCUGGUGCUCCGGGAGGCCCCCACAUCCAGCUGGUGCUCCGGGAGGCCUGCCUGAGGAUUGGGUGUUGCUACGUAUCCUGCUGGCUCAGCCCUGGGGUCUGGCCUGGCCCGAGAUUUGGGGGACACGUGAAGAAGGGAGAUGUAUGGCUCCCAGGUUUCCCAAAAGGCAGAAGAAUCAGACUGAUGCCGUUGGGCCAAGGAAGCCUGGGGUACCAGGCCCAGGAAGGAAGGGGCCAGGGCCCAGCUAGAUCCUUCCCUGAGGCAAACUCCUCUAUCCUGUCCUCUUGCUUUGGAAGCCUCCAUAAUAAAGGGGGGACGACCUUCACUCUUUUCGGACUUGUUUGCUUUGAGACAUUCUUAGAUGAGGGCCUAGGGUUAAAAGGAACUGGGUAUAAAAGAUCCACCUGGAUGCUUUUCCCAAAGAAGGUGGCUGACUCCUCCCUGUCAUGCCAGUGACCUUAGAGAGGCCCUGCCGGCUCUUGAGGUUCGCAAGCACUGUCUCUGUCCACUCGCUUUAUGUCCCUGGCUGGUCACUUCCAUUGUAUCCUUGAUAUUUUCUACCCUCAUGAGAAUGUAAACUUCAUGAGAGCAGACUAUGUCUUUCUGAUAUCUGCCUAGAGUGAAAACUAGCCUGGCAUGUGGUCGCUGCUUAAUAAAUACUCAUGGAAAGAUG